AAAAGAUAAGUUUUGUGCAAGGAGGUGAGGAGUCUUGUUCAAAGCUCCUCCCUUGUCUUAGAAGAUGACAAAUCAGCAUUUCUAUGAGAUGGUCAACCGCAAGGUAUACCUCGAGACACUGUCCCAGGACCACUCUAAGUAGAGAUAGCAAGGCAGGAAUGAAGUUCACAGAAGCUCCUCUUCCUAAAUCCUUGUUGGACAUGGAUGUAGCCAAUUACUGUGAAGGUUUGGACCCUACCUUUAGCACCCUGGGCUUUGAGAAUGCAGAGGUGCUUUAUUCUGGUGAAAGCAUGCCGACAGAGCCCAGUCAAGGAGAAACUGGCGUGAGCUCCAACUGCGCAAUCUGUGGCGACAAAGCUACAGGUAAACAUUACGGUGCUUCCAGCUGCGACGGCUGCAAAGGCUUCUUCCGCAGGAGCAUCAGGAAGAGUCACGUGUACUCAUGCAGGUUCAAUCGUCAGUGUGUUGUUGAUAAAGAUAAGAGGAACCAGUGCCGGUUUUGCAGGCUUCACAAAUGUUUUCGAGCUGGAAUGAAGAAAGAAGCCGUUCAGAAUGAGCGCGACCGUAUCAGCUCCAGGAGGAACAUGCAGGAGUCACAUGACCUGCCGCCAAUCACGGCCCUCGCUCAUGCUGAAUCUCUCUCACAGCAGAUCAACGUCGCCAGUCCGGUGGGCCCUGCAGAUGUCUCAGAGAAAAAAUCGGCGACUGUCGCUGAUGUCUGUGAGUCGAUGAAGCAGCAGCUGCUCGUUCUGGUAGAAUGGGCUAAAUACAUCCCGGCUUUCGGUGAAUUGCCACUUGAUGACCAGGUUGGUUUAUUGCGAGCACACGCUGGUGAGCACCUUUUGCUCGGGGUUGCCAAGAGGUCAAUGUCAUACAAAGACAUCUUGCUUCUAGGUAACGGAUGCAUCAUCCAUCGAAACUCCCCCGAGCCGGAGAUAGGUCGGGUGGCUAACCGUGUUUUGGAUGAACUGGUGUUACCCUUUCAAGACAUCCAAAUAGACGACAAUGAAUAUGCAGCUUUGAAGGCUAUUGUGUUCUUUGACCCUGAUGCCAAAAGCCUAAGAGACCCUUCUAAGAUCAAGGCGAUGCGGUAUCAGGUUCAAAUGAGUUUGGAAGACUACAUUAAUGACCGGCAGUAUGACUCGCGCGGGCGAUUCGGAGAGCUUUUGCUUCUUCUUCCUACCCUGCAGAGCAUUACAUGGCAGAUGAUUGAGCAGCUACAGUUUAUCAAGCUGUUUGGCAUGGCCAAGAUAGAUAAUCUGCUGCAGGAGAUGCUUCUCGGAGGUCUAACCACUGAACAGCCUCACUUACAUCACAACGGUCACCCGCAGAUACCAGUAACAGGGCAGACCAUAGUCAUUAGCUCAAUACCUGGACAUUCACAGCAGAUAGUUUCUUUAGCAUCUCCAGAGACCCCCAUUCCUUCCCCUACUUCAGUACAGAUUCAAGAGGUCUACAAGACUCCCGGCAGCCCGGCUCUUCUGCUUCCACCACAGCCCAUGUCAAACAGACCAUCUCCUGAGCCUCCACUAUAAGGCUCCACCGACGUCGUUCUCUUUCGGGCAGGUGCAUUAGAGCCCUGUGUGUUUGUAUAUGUGUAAAUUAUGUGAGCAAACUUUGACCCUUCCUUGCCUCCUGUGCCACAUAUUUAUGUGAAAGGGAUCUUCUGCUACCGGUCCACUGAAACAAAUAAAAAAAUAAAGACCACCAAAUGAAAAUUGUGAAAAUAAGUCCCUGUUAAGCCAUUAAAAACUGUUUCUAAAUUUUUUUUAAUAUAUUGCUAAAACACGCCACAAAGACUGUAAACUAUGUAGUACUAAAUUGCAGAGUUAGAUCAUUGAACAGUUUUUCACCAUUUCUGAGUUCAGGAUUUUUUAGGGGGGCCUAAAACGGUGGCUCGAUGAUGCACUUGACACGACUCCGCCCAUAACACGAUCGAGAGCAUUCAUUAAGGUUUAGCAGUAAUUGAAAGUUGAGACAAACGGCAACUUUUCCGCAAGUGGGCGUGGUUUCAGUGCAGACAGCGGUCACGCCCCCAGUGUUUAAGAGCAGAGAAUCCUAUGUAUUUUUCUAAGAUUUUAAUAACUUAUUUUAUUUACUUGGCGUUUUUUCCAUCGUUUAAAUUUGGUUGGGUGGUUAUUAACACAUUUUUCACCUGAUCUCACAAAGUUCCGUGGGAUAGUGACAGAAUUUUUUGCUAAUUUUUCCGUGGCAUUCUCACGGAUGUCCGCAUUUUUCCGUGGCCCUACCACUGACUUUCUUUUCCGUGGCUUUCUUACGGAUUGGUUACUCAACUGUUUUGUCCUAUUUUCUUACCAUUGUUGCUUUGGUUUAGGGUUAGAUUUACAUAAAAUGACAUCCUUACCCAAACCCAACUUACUCUAACCCCAACGCCAGGCGACAGUUGUUUAAAGCAAUAGUUAAAGUGACAUACUAACGCAAACACCAAAUCUAACCUUAAACCGAAGCGACAAUGGUUUGAAAAUAGGAAAAAGUAGUUGAGUAACCAAUCCGUGAGAAUGCCACGAAAAGGAAAAUCCGUGGUAGGGCCACGGAAAAAUGCGGAGAUUCGUGGGAAUGCCAUGGAAAAAUGAGCAAAAAAUUCUGUGACUACCCCACGGAACUUUGUUAGAUCAUGUUGCAUUUUUCUGUGGUGUGACAUACUAAGAAUACAUUUAAUAUGUGACUUUACAGGGACUUAAUUUAUUGUUUUGAAAAACAUUCGCGUUUUUUAUAUGGGCAUAGGUAUGGUUUCUCUUUUAUUAACCCAGCGCUGGUAAACUAGUGAUUGUAGAUAUUAUUUGUUUAUUAACAUCAAAUUAUUUUCAGUUGCAAAAAUAUUUCUGUCAAAUAAAGUUUAAAUUUAAUUUAUUAACAAAAUUAUAGUAGGCUAUGUAAUGAAUGUUAAGUUUUGCUUGAAAGUGAGUACAAUAAAUAAACACUUUAUCCGUCUAAA